CACACCACUCUGAACUCUGAAGUUACCACUCUGGUCUCCAACCUCCAAGCUCUAUGGCUCUUGCCUCCCUGCUAAGCCCCAAGCGCUCAAUCAAAGGGUACACUUUGUCCCUCUCUUUUCUCUUCAUCCCCAACGCAUCCUCCUCCCUCUUCUCCUCCCUCUGCAGAGGCCACCCCUUCUCGCCGCCCCCGCAAGCCCCUCCGGUCCCAAAGAAAAUCCCGUUCACAGUAACGGCCCAUGGGAGGACGUGGCAAGAUCCUUUCCAUUGGAUGUCCAACACCAACGACCCUGAUCUCUCUGAGUACCUUAGCCAAGAAAACUCGUACGCUGAAGCUUUUAUGGCUGACACCCACAACCUGCAAUGCACGCUGUUUUCCGAGAUGAAAAGCCGAAUGCCUGCCACUAUUUCCACUCCUCCUGAGCGCUGGGGACCCUGGUUGUAUUACCAAUACAUUCCUGAGGGAAAGGAAUACCCGGUUCUGUGUAGGAGGUUAGAUACUCAGAAAAGUGGUUCUAUGAAGACUUUUCUUCAUUAUGCAAGCGGAGGAUUUGGAAGGGAGGAACCUUUGCUAGACUGGAAUGAAAUUGCGGAGCAAUAUGGUUAUGUGCACGUGGGUGCAUGUCGAAUUUCACCCGACCACAAUUUUCUUGCAUACACACUUGAUAUUACUGGCAGUGAACGAUUCAUGCUUCAAAUUAAGGACCUUAGAAGUGGAUGCAUUAUUCCAAAAUUACGAGUUGAUGGGGUUGUUAGCUUGGCAUGGGCUCAAGAUGGAAAUACUCUGUUUUAUACAAUAUCAGAUGAUAAUCAACGACCUUACAGGGUUCUCUGUACCAAACUAGGAUUUCAUGAUACAGAUGACGUCCCAGUAUUUACAGAGAGUGAUUCCAGCUUUUGUGUGGACAUUACAAGCACAAAAGAUGGCAAGUUCAUUACUGUGAAUUCAAACUCAAGAACUUCAUCCGAGGAAGGAAUUUACAUAUUAAUUUUAGUUUACGUAAUAGAUGCUGCCAACCCAUUUGAUGGUUUGCGCAGAAUAUGUGAGCGUGUUUGUGGUGUACAGUAUUUUUUGGAACAUCACUACGGUAUAUUUUAUAUUCUUACAAAUGCUCCUUUGACUGAGAAUAAGGAGUGUUCUGGUGGAAACUAUUACCUGGCUAAAUGCCGAGUUGAAGAUAUACAGCCAGAAAAUUGGCAGAAUGUCAUCCUUCCAGGAGAAGAUAUUAGCUUACAAGAUAUGGACAUUUUUAAUGGGCAUCUGGUGCUUUUUGUCAAUAAGAAUGGCUUUCCUAUGUUUUGUUCCAUCGAUUUGCCUAUUAAUGUUAAUUGUAAGCAUCAAAUAGAGAUUGAGAAUCUUAAUCCAUGGUAUUUCCCCCUGCCCUCAAAUUCAUGUAGUGUUGUUCCAGGUUCAAACCAUGACUUCAUGAGCUUGGUUUACCGCGUGGUGCUUUCUUCUCCAGUGAUGCCUGAUAUGAUUGUUGACUAUGACAUGUCAAGACAGACAUACUCAAUUGUGCAGCAAGAGGAAGUGAUGGGUGUUUCUGUUAAUAGAACAUGCUUAGCAGCUUAUGAGCUAGAUACGAUUCGUUCUCAAAACAAGGAAGAAAAUAUCCAAAAUUUUGAAUCACAGAGAUGGAAGGAAUUUUCCUGUGCAUACUGUUGUGAAAGAAAGGAAGUUGUUUCCUAUGAUGGUGUGAGGAUUCCUCUGACCAUCUUGUACUCUCAAAAAUCCUGGCAGAAGGGUCAGUCUCCUGGAGUUUUACAUGGCUAUGGGGCAUAUGGGGAAAUUUUAGAAAAAAGCUGGUGUGCAAAUCGCCUGAGUUUGCUUGAUCGUGGUUGGGUGGUGGCAUUUGCUGAUGUGAGAGGCGGUGGCGGUGGUGAUUCUUCGUGGCAUAAGUCUGGCAGUGGGUUGUUGAAACAGAAUUCCGUAUAUGACUUUGGAUCAUGUGCCAACUACCUAGUCAGUGAGGGCUAUGUUCAUAGAGAUCGGCUCGGUGCUAUUGGAUAUAGUGCAGGAUGUUUAGUUGUCGGGGCGGCUAUCAAUAUGUACCCGGAUCUAUUUCGUGCUGCUAUUUUGAAGGUUCCAUUUCUUGAUAUAUGCAACACAUUGUUGGAUCCUAGUUUGCCUCUCACCAUAUUGGAUUAUGAAGAAUUUGGGAAUCCUCAGAUACAGUCCCAAUUUGAGUCUAUUUUGAGCUAUUCUCCUUAUGAUAACAUUACUCCUCACACUUGUUAUCCUUCAAUGCUGGUUACAGCAUCAUUUCAUGACUCAAGGGUCGGAGUUUGGGAAGCUGCAAAAUGGGUGGCCAAAGUAAGGGAUACUACAUGCUCUGAAUGUUCGGGUGCAGUCCUUUUGAAGACUAAUAUGAGUGGAGGACAUUUUGGUGAAGGUGGACGCUAUGGUCAAUGUGAGGAAAUGGCUUAUGAUUACGCUUUUCUUAUCAAAGUUUUAGGGAUGUUCAACAAUGAAUAAAUUCAAUAGGGGGUUAAGUAUUCUGGAUUAAUUGAAACAAAAAGAAUGGUGUUUUUUUU